AUGCCUCCAAGACUAAUAAUAGUAACAUCUCCAAGACCAACAAUAAUAACACCUUCAAGACUAGCAAAAUUAGAAAAAAUAAAGCAUAUAAAUAAUUACUUAUAUAGUAAUAUUUUAUUUAAAUUAGAUAAUUCGACCUAUGACCCUUUAGAAGAUGAUAACUAUAACAUUGAUGAAGGCAGACCCUUGAACAAUCUUUUGAGAGAAAACUUAGAAAAGGAAGAGAAAAAUGUUGAUAAUGAUUAUAGAAAUCUCGAUAAAUAA